AUGUUAGAGCAGUUACAUUGUCAAUCACCACAGGAGAACCUUUCUUCAGAGAGUUUGGACUCAGACCUGAGUGUUGGUAGCAAUGAGUAUCGCACUCCACCACCAAUGAUCAACAUGGUUGUACACCCUCAACCAGACAGUCAACAGGACGGUGAUGUCCCAUAUGACAGAAUGUUCAUACCGCUUAGCCAGAACUGGCAUAUUCAAAACCCAAUAGUAGAUCAACAGGAAGAUUGCAACCAUCAACAAGAGGUGCAACAGACUCCGCCAAGAUAUAAAAGCCCUGAUUAUGACCAACAACCAAGGUUCUUACAUAUGCCUACAUCUGACCAUGUUCACUUUUCACCAAGUGUACAACAUGAGCACCGCUAUGUCGACCAAUAUCAACAUGGCUUCAAUAGUCUUCACCGACUGGAAGUCAACCAGAGUCAACAAAGAGUGCAAAUGCAACAGAAAGUACAAUGCCUACAACAACGGCUACACCAGCUUCAACAAGGGGUCAUUAACUAUGCACAGCCUGUGCAACAACAACAUUUAGCUGCAGCGCCGGUUUCUAUACCUCAACAGCGGCUACAACAACAGGUUAGUGAAGUUGUUCAUCAAAAACCAAAUUAUCCAGAACCAAGGUUUCAACCACCAAGUUAUGUACCAGAAGUUCAACAACAUAAGAUGAUUGGUCACCCAAUUUCUAUGUAUCAACCUCCUAGAGAUGAACCACUGCCACAAGCACCAACAAAUUUAACGCCUUACAACCAUCAAUACAUACCUGGUUUAACGUACCCAAGAUUGGGUCAGCCCAACCUUUCAGGCUAUCAGUCACAACCAUUACACGUGCCUCAGUUACAUAUGCCUCGCACACAGCAGCAACCUCCACCAUCAGGAGCACCUCAGCUGCAUUACAACCAACCUUCAGCAAGACAGAAGGAAUAUAAUAGUGAUUACUAUGGGAGACAAGAAAGAACAUACCGCCAGUCCAGAGCAAAGCGAAGGUCAGAACCUGAGUACAACAAACCUCGUGAGAAUCAACAGCAUGAUUUCUCACCAUUAAGAAGUGUAAGGAGUUUUCCAGUACACCGUAGUCGUUCAAGUCCUAGAAGGUCUAGAGGGUCUAGUGACUCCCAAUCAGAAUCUGACACAGAUAGGCAAAGUUCUGAAAGCAGUCAGGAAAGAAGAAAAAAGGAGAAAAUGGAGAAAAGACAAUUUCUGUCCUCGAUCCCGAAAACGCUCCGCUAUAGUAGAAAGGGCAACUGGAAAGCCUUUUAUACCAAGUUUUCUGGUUAUGCAAAAAUUGCUGAGUGGACAGAUGAACAAAAGAGAGAACAGCUCUGCUGGUGUUUAGAUGAUGCAGCCAGUGAGUACUACACCUUACUCCUAGAAAAUAACAAAACAGCAAGUUAUUCUGAUAUCAUAUCUAAUAUGAAUAAGAGAUUUGGUCAUCAAGAACUGCCAGAAACCUCACAAAUUCAGUUUCAGACAUGUGGCCAAGGUGAAAAGGAGACCUUGGAGGAGUGGUCGGAAAGAGUGUUGACUCUCGCCACUAGAGCCUAUAGCAGGUACAGUGAACAACUAAUGACUGAACAGGCAAUCAUGAGGUUUUGUCAGAGUUGUAAUGAUACUGUUGCUGGAACAGAAGCGUGUAUCUCUAAACCAAAGUCCAUGGAUGCAGCCUUGGAUAUGAUUAGAUGGUGUCAGCACACUAGGAAGGCAGUCAGUGCCAUUCAGAAAACUAGCAAGAAGGAGGAGUCUCUUUCAGAGAAGUCAGUUAACUCACCAGUAGUUCUUGGUGUAGGUAGCACCAAGUCCAGUAUGGAUAAUCGUCUCUCUCGCAUAGAAGAACAUAUAAAGAAAAUGAUGUCAACAGUAACCAGUUUGGUUCAGGAACAGUCAGCCAAACAUGGAACCAGUCCUAGUUCUAGGUCACCUUAUCAAUUUUUAUAA